UGCUUUCUAGGGGAGGGCAGUACUUGCUCAUCAGAAUUCUUUCAGGUUUAAUGCCUGACUAAACAAAAUUGGUGUUUUUCUUUUGUUUUUUUAAAUGCCCCUGAAAUGUAUGCUGUUGUAUUCGCGUCUUUAUUUUAUGCUUCUUGCAAGCAAUAUUAGUCUUUUUCUAUAUGGUUAGACUUAAUGCCUGCAACUUUUGCUUGGGAAUGUUUUAUGUGAUGAGAUUAUAAGGCUUGACAAAACGUGUGUAGAAAAUGUGUCAGAGAAAUGAUGUGGCAGUGUCAGUCAGGAUUUGAAAGGAUUCCCCCUUGGAAGUCAGUGGAAGUGAAAAAGAACAAUUCCACCACAUUUUAUUUUACAGUUUGUGUUAGUAGUGAGUUUAAGUAUUUUGAUAUAAUUUUAGUGUUAGCGUGUUUCCUCGUGUGUAUUUUUCGUCGCCAGUAUUUCAUCUGCUCAAAUUGGACUAUACUGAAUUUCUCAGGAUUAUUCAAUUACAUUCGACAUAGUGGGUGGUUUUGAGAGUGACAGAUCUUGACGGAUAUGCACAUGUAGCUGAAAGGAUGAUCACCUUGUUUUCUUCACCUGUUUAUUUUUUAAAUUUUGGCUAUUUAAAAGUGAAAAAUAAAGAUUUAUUGGAACAAAAUCUACUUGGUGUACAGCGAGAACGUUUAAAGUUGCCCAUUUUUCCGUAUCCGUGAAAGCACCUAAUUUGGACGCGGAGUUAUGACGUCACGAAAGCCUCCAGUCGCUACGGAUUUGAAAAUAGUUCUUCCCGGCUGCAUUCGGAAGGUUUUUUUGAAUCGAAGAAACAGCUGCAAUGUCUGUGAAUUAUGCGGCCGGACUCUCACCGUAUGCAGACAAGGGUGUGUGCGGACUUCCAGAGGCAUUUGAUAGCCCCGAAGAGCUGAAAGCAAAGGUGACGACGCUUGCUCAACUGGUAAGAGAGUCCAGGUACAUGGUCGUGCAUUCUGGAGCAGGAAUCAGCACGUCAGCUGGCAUCCCUGACUUCAGGGGGCCCAAGGGUGUGUGGACCUUGGAGGAAAAGGGAGAGACGCCUCACUUUGAGACAACUUUUGAAGAGGCCCGACCCAGCCUUACUCACAUGGCCCUGCUGGGACUCCAGCGGGCCGGAUACCUCAAGUAUCUCAUCAGCCAAAAUGUGGACGGCCUGCAUGUGCGAUCCGGCUUUCCAAGCAAAGGCAAUUUUCCAUUCACGCCAAGUAUCCAGCCUGUAAUGGAAGACCUGCUCUCCCUGGGAGCGGUUUCAUACAUCUCCUUCUCCCUCCUGGAUUUGUUGUCGGAGCUUCAUGGAAACAUGUUUGUGGAGGAGUGCGAGAAGUGUUGCAGGCAGUUUGUGAGGGAAAAGGUGAUUGGCGUGAUGGGCCUCAAGCCAACAGGACGUUACUGCGAUGUGGUGCGCUCCAGAGGACUCAGAGCCUGCAGAGGGAAGUUGAUCAGCACUAUACUGGACUGGGAGGAUGCGCUUCCUGACAGAGAUCUGAACAAAGCAGACAAUGCAAGCAGACAAGCCGACCUGGCACUGACGCUGGGCACCUCCAUGCAGAUCAAACCCAGCGGAGACCUUCCACUCGUCACCAAGCGCAAAGGCGGCAAAAUAGUUAUUGUCAACCUGCAGCCCACGAAGCACGACAAGCAUGCCCACUUGCGGAUCAACGGCUACGUAGAUGAUGUCAUGAAGCAGCUCAUGGAGCACCUGGGCUUGGACAUCCCAAAGUGGGAAGGGCCGACCGUGUGCGAGAGUUCCGCCGCUGCACCUGAGGGUGACGCCGACCUGAAGCCCACGCACGCUCUCAGUGUGGAUGUCAAGGUCAAAGGUGAACUCGUUAAGGAGGAGAAGAAACGAGCAGUGGACGGCGACGCCAUCAAAGAACAGACUCUGAAAGUCAAGAAGGAGAGGAAAGAUCCUCCACUGGGGAUCAAAGAUGACAAAUAGCCUCAGGUACUACCCUCAUCAAAAAUGACUCCUGACUCUAGGAACAAACUUUUUACCAGUUGUAAGUGACGUUAAUAGUGGAUUUUGGGGGGGAAUUUUUUUUUAAUAUUGCAAAAACCUGGAAUUGUGCCUGGGGGUAUGCAGACUUUCUAUCCGCUGUAUGAGAGGAGUUCUAGUUGAUCUCUCUCUCUCUCUCUCUCUCUCUCUCUCUCUCUCUCUCUCUCUCUCUCUCUCUCUCUCUCGUCAUGUGCCGUGAAACCACACCGGGAUGAAGAAAACUUGUAAACAGAGGGGGGUAUUAAAAAAAAAAAAAAAAAAAGUAGAUCAUGUGGUGCUGUGAGGUGUACAUUUUGUACUUGACCUCCACGUUUCAUCCAUCUGCCAAAAAGCAAUGCAUGUACAGUACAAUUUUUGUUCGUUUUGAACAGAUCAUGGUUACACAACAUAUCUAUUUUUUUAUCUCAGGAAAAAAAAAUACCUGUGUUUUGGCAAUAAAUCAAAGCACAACCUC